GAGCGAUGCCCGACGAGUGGGACAAGGACGUUUACCCGCGACCCGAGCAGCGGACGCCGGCGGUGGAGAAGCAGACCAGCCUCCCCAACCCGCUGCUCCUGGUCGGCAAGGCGUUCAGCUUUGCGGUGGACAGGCCGGUCACUGCGCUGAGAGUAUGGAUAGAGAAUCAACAUUCGAAGAAUCCCUAUUAUUACUACCACAGACAGUACAGAAGAGUCCCAGAUUUCACUGAGUGCCAUUUUGGUGAUUAUGUCUGCUACUUUGAGGCAGAGAUGCAGUGGAGAAGGGAUCACAAGGUGGAUCAAGAGAUUGUGAAGGUACUUCAGGAACGGUUGGGGGCCUGUCAGCAAAGAGAGGGUGAAAGCCACCUCCAGAACUGUAAUAAAGAGCUGGAGCAAUUCAAGCAGGCCGCGAGAGGAUACCAAUCAAGAUACGGGGAUCUGGGUGCUUAUGGCAGUGCUAGAAGAUGCCUGAUGAAACAGAAGCAACGGAUGAUUGAAGAGAGAAAACAGCAAAAGAUAGCAGCUGAAGCAUAGAACAAUGCUGUGUUGAAGCGGCUCUAAAAAUCUAUAUUUAAAAAAGACAUUGUGUAUGACUUACAUAGGUUUAAUCACAUUUAAAACUUCCUCUAAUAAAUGAAGCAUGCUAUGCUGAAAC